CAACCUCUUUAAGAUCUGUAUCAUGCAUUAGACCUCUUUUAGAUCGUGUGCUAGUUCAGAGAAUUCAACCAGAAAGUAAGACUGCUUCGGGUAUUUUUUUGCCAGAAAAGUAUGUACUAUUUUUUGUUUAAAUUAUUUACUUUUUUAUUGUUUGAUCUCUUCUUUCGAAGAAUAAAGCCUUUAAGUAAUGUAAUAGCUAAUAUUCGUUUUAGAUCAUUGGAAAAAUUAUCAGAAGGCAAAGUCAUUGCAGUCGGUCCUGGAGGACUUGAUAAGGACGGAAAAAUGGUUAAAACAAACGUUAAAGUUGGCGAUAAGGUUAUUAUUCCCGCAUAUGGAGGAAGUAAUAUUAAAGUUGGGGAUCAAGAAUAUCAAUUUUAUCAUGAUUACGAGUUAUUAGCUACUAUAUCUAGUUAAUUAUACACACAGAAGCAGCCUUGUAUGUAUAUAAUGUUUGUAAGAGUCCAGA